UCAAGCAGUGUCAAGAAGAAUCUUUCGCCAUUCUAUAUUUACGAUUUUUACAGGAUUAAUAUAUAUUUUACCUAUUUUUUUCGUGGCCCGUCCAAAAAAGCGACGAAUAAUGACAACAGUGAGUCCUGUGGUAAUAGCAGCUACAGCCAGACAUACAGCAACACUUAUAUUUUUCCAUGGAUUGGGUGAUACAGGUCAUGGUUGGGCUAGUUCUAUGGGAGCAGUAAGAUCUCCUCAUAUUAAAGUUAUUUGUCCAACUGCGUCUACAAUGCCAGUAACAUUAAAUGCAGGAUUUAGAAUGCCUUCUUGGUUUGAUUUACGAUCUUUGGAACCAAGUGGUCCUGAAGAUGAAGAAGGUAUUCGUAGAGCUGCAGAAAUGGUACAUUCUUUAAUUGCAGAAGAAGUUGCAGCAGGAAUACCUACAAAACGUAUUGUUCUUGGAGGUUUUAGUCAGGGUGGUGCUCUUGCUAUAUAUAGUGCUCUUACAUUUCCAGAACCUUUAGCUGGUAUUAUAGCUUUAUCAGCUUGGCUUCCUUUACAUCAAAAAUUUCCAGUUGAAGCAAUAGGAAAUAAAAAUACUCCAUUGCUUCAAUGUCAUGGUGAUUGUGAUCCAAUAGUGCCAUAUAGAUGGGGUCAAUUGACUGCAUCAGUUCUUAAACAAUUUAUGACACAAACAGAAUUCAAAACAUAUAGAGGAAUGAUGCAUGCAUCUUGUGAUGAGGAAAUGCGUGAUAUGAAGAAAUUCAUUGAAAAAGUUUUGAAGCCGUAAUAGUUUUAUUAAAUAUAUCAAUAUUUUAAAAUCUUAUUACUUUAUUUGUUCUUUAUUAAGAAUUAAUUACUUCCAACUUCACUGCUACUUAAUUCUAAUGCUUGGUGAAAGAAUAAAGACAGUAGUAGGUGAAAAUGUUUCUAAUCUUAAAAAAAAGCAAAAUAUCAAUUAUCAUUUUUGUAAAUUAUAUUUGAAUGAAUUAUUUCUGUGUUUUAAAAUACCAAAGUUACUAUUAUAAUAUUUUUAAUUUUUAAUAUGAAUUAUUUUCAAUUUUUACAAUAUGAAUUAUAAGGUUCUUACACCUAAUUUUAAAAGCUUAAAUAUUAUACAUGAAAGAUAAAUUAAGAAGCAAAUUAUCUUAAAUGCAUUUUUUUUUUAUAGAAUUGUAGCUUAUUUGGUUUUAUUUGUAUUAUGCAUUUCAUAUAAAAGCAAGUAAAUUUUAAAUUUAAAUUUUUAUUUUUUUGAUAGAAAAUAAUUAUUAUCUAUUUCCAAAUAAAUCUUCCUCUUUCUAAUGAAUAGUUUUUGCCUAUUUAAUUUUAUUUUAAAAAAAUUAUUCAUUCUUUACAUAUUUAAUUGUAAAAGCAAUCAAAUAUUCUUUAUAAUAUUUACUUUAAUAAUAUUUAAUUUUAUAAUGAGUUAUAUAUAAUGUACAGAUAUUGUUAUUUAUGACAUAAUAAUUUUUCUAGAAAUAUCUAGGGACAGUAAUAUGGCUAUGUAAUCUGUGAUUACAAAAUAUAAUUUUAAAAUUAAUAAACUUGAUAAUUUUUAGUAGACAGCAUAUUACAAAUGCUAGUCAUGAAGAAAUAUGUAUUUCAGAUAUGAUUAUAGAUAUAGUGCAAAAGUUUUACUUUUACAGUACUUAUAUUUUAGGUUUAAUUGAAUAGUACUAUUAAGAAUAAAAAAAAUUGCGAUUAUCAUCAGUUACAAAACAAGCAAGUAUUUAACUGAGAAGCAAUACUAGUUAUAUAACAAAAAGUAAGAAUGAUUAUUUGUAAUAUUUACUUAUGUUAUUAAAAUAGAACAAAUCAUAUUUAU